AUGUUAAGGCAUGGCAGUUGUCUAUAUAGUGAAUUAGUGUCCACACAUUUGGAAAAAUAUCACAUGACUGAAUUGUUUAGGUGUUUUUCAACAGAUAAAUUGCUGGAAUACAGUGGGAUUUGUAAGCGUUAUCGUGCUUUGUGUUCUCCAGGCCUUGAAACAUAUCUGUCCAAGGAAACUAGAAAAAUUUCCAGCAAAGAACCCCUUAGAAUUAAUAAGGGAUCCGUGGAUUUUAUUGCAUCAAAUGAAGUUAUCUGGAAAUUUUUGCUUCAAACUAGGUUUUGUCAGAGUCUAUGGGUCUACUUGAUGGAUCCAUUUCAUGUGACGCACGAAAAGGAGUUUAUACGCAAGGUGGCAAACAGUGAUUGGAACCACUUAAUCAAAUUUGAUAUAAAUUCCAAUAUGCCAAAAAUAAAAGUCGCCUGCCAUAAUUCACGAUUGUCUCAUACGAAUAUGAUUAAACGGUGCAUUGUUGAGAUAAUUCACUCGCACAAAAUGAAUACGUUAAAUCUGCAUGGGGAUAAGAUCAGUCCUAAUGAUAAUUUAGAGCCAGCGCCAGCUCUAAAUUUAGAUGUAACAAUAACAAACAACACAUGCGAAAUCCUCGCAAAUGUAUCAGGAUGUUUAGAUUAUAGAAUCUAUUUAAAUAGUUGCGAAAAGUUGCCUAUACUACCUUCAAUUGCUUCAGCCAUUUCAACACAUAUAUUGGAUACCACUACCAGCGACCUAUCUCAUGUUACAAUAUGGGAUCCCUUUUGCAAUAACGGAGUGAUGCUACUGGAGCUACAUAGUUUGUUAUGUGGCAUACCAAAUGGAUCUCCCAAUAUCGAAUAUCCAUUAAAAAUGUUACCUUACAAUGAUGAAUACACCAUGAAUAAGGCACUUAACAGUCUAAACAUUGAACCCAUGGAUCUAGGAGUUUCCCUAUUAGGCAGUGAUUCCGAUACUAACAAUGUUCAAAUUGCCAGCAAGCAUUUGUUGGAAUUUGAAAAGAGUAGUCCCAAAUCCAACUUAAUAGGUAUAACUACCUCACAUGACAUUAAAUUUGUGACUGAUAACUACAAGGACAUUAUGGACAAAUUGGGUAAGACAAUUAUUUUGAGCAAUUUUCUAUAUGGUAACAAGAAGUCUGAACACCUAAUACUCGAGGCAUAUAAGUUACUAAAUGAUAUAAUAAGCAUUAGAAAUGAUUGGCUUGACGUAUACCUAGUAUCUGGUCGUGCAUCAUUCCGGAGGCACCUGAAGUUUGAUUGGAACAAAGAACUAAGCUUUAACAACCAAGGGAUAAAAUGUGAACUUUUGCGUCUUUCAAAAGUCUAA